AACGGGAAUAAGUGAUGCGGUACUUCGACGCCAUUCUCUCGAUCUUCCGCUUCUCCUUCUUCGCCCCAUCCUCCUCUCAGAACCCGGGGAGAUCCCAUAUCUGAUCUCUUCCUCUGUUCCGCUCGUUUGUUCGCCGAAUCCGAGGGGAUCCAGGCCAAAUCCCACGAAAAGGUUAUUGGAAUACGUUUAAGGCCUGUGGUCUCUAUGGCACCGUUGAGGAUCUCAAAAAGGCUCUUUCCUUUAGUUCCUUUCUUUUUUCUUCUGAUUACAUGUCCUUCCAAUGGCUUCUAUCUCCCCGGGAGUUAUAUGCACACCUACUCUCAAGGUGAAACCAUCCCAGUCAAAGUAAAUUCACUCACCUCUAUAGAGACGGAGCUGCCAUUUAGCUACUAUAGUCUUCCAUACUGCCAUCCCCAGGGUGGGAUCAAGAAGAGCGCAGAGAAUCUGGGAGAGCUGCUCAUGGGGGAUCAGAUCGACAACUCUCCAUACAAGUUCCGUAUGAAUGUCAAUGAAUCGCUUUAUCUUUGCACGACAAAGCCAUUAAAUGAGCAUGAGGUGAAGCUUCUGAAGCAAAGAACUCGCGAUCUCUAUCAGGUGAACAUGAUUCUCGACAACCUGCCUGUGAUGAGGUUCACUCAACAAAAUGGUGUCACCAUCCAGUGGACUGGUUUUCCGGUUGGAUACACCCCCACUGGAAGCAAUGAUGACUAUAUCAUCAAUCACCUCAAGUUUAAGGUCUUGGUCCAUGAGUAUGAAGGGAGUGGUGUGAAAAUCAUUGGCACAGGGGAAGAGGGGAUGGGGGUGAUCACGGAAACUGAUAAGAAGAAGAUGUCUGGGUAUGAGAUAGUUGGGUUCGAAGUAAUCCCAUGCAGCAUCAAGCGUGAUGCAGAAACCAUGUCAAAGCAUAACAUGUAUGAUAAAAUUGACCCUGUGAAUUGCCCCUUGGAGCUUGACAAGUGUCAGAUGAUCAAGGAGCAGGAGAGGAUCACAUUCACCUAUGAAGUAGAGUUUGUGAAGAGCGACAUUAGAUGGCCCUCGCGGUGGGAUGCCUACUUGAAGAUGGACGGUGCCAAGGUCCACUGGUUCUCAAUCAUGAACUCCCUUAUGGUCAUCUUCUUUUUGGCUGGAAUAGUGUUUGUUAUUUUCUUGAGAACUGUUCGAAGGGACUUAACAAGGUAUGAGGAGUUGGAUAAAGAGGCCCAGGCUCAGAUGAAUGAGGAGCUCUCAGGCUGGAAACUUGUCGUGGGCGAUGUGUUUAGAGAGCCAACAUGCUCUAAACUGCUUUGCGUCAUGGUUGGAGAUGGUGUUCAGAUUACAUGUAUGGCAGCUGUGACCAUUGUGUUUGCUGCCCUUGGGUUCAUGUCUCCUGCAUCACGGGGUAUGCUCUUGACUGGGAUGAUCCUCCUUUAUCUCUUCCUUGGUAUUUUUGCUGGGUAUACGGGUGUCCGGUUAUGGAGUACCAUUAAAGGCGGGUCUGAAGGGUGGAGGUCGGUUGCUUGGUCAAUUGCCUGCUUCUUCCCUGGGGUGGUGUUUGUAAUUCUCACCUUCUUAAACUUCUUGCUUUGGUGGAACAAUAGCACAGGGGCUCUCCCAAUCUCAUUGUACUUCACUCUUCUGUCCCUGUGGUUUUGCAUCUCGGUGCCCCUCAUUCUUUUGGGUGGUUUCUUAGGCACCCGGGCUGAGCCCAUUCAAUUCCCAGUUAGGACCAACCAAAUUCCAAGGGAAAUUCCAGCGAGGAAAUACCCUUCAUGGUUGCUUGUCCUUGGUGCUGGAACCCUUCCAUUCGGGACCCUCUUCAUUGAGUUGUUCUUUAUUCUCUCCAGCAUCUGGCUUGGAAGGUUCUAUUAUGUGUUUGGAUUUCUCCUUGUCGUCCUCCUCUUGCUUGUUGUUGUCUGCGCUGAAGUGUCUGUGGUUCUGACUUACAUGCAUCUCUGCGUGGAAGACUGGAGGUGGUGGUGGAAAGCAUUCUUUGCUUCUGGUUCGGUCGCUCUUUAUGUGUUCCUAUACUCCAUCAACUACUUGGUGUUUGAUCUUAAGAGCUUAAGUGGGCCUGUGUCAGCGAUGGUCUACCUGGGUUAUUCACUAAUCAUGGCUCUUGCUGUCAUGCUAUCUACUGGCACAAUUGGCUUCCUGAUGUCGUUCUACUUUGUCCACUACCUCUUCUCAUCAGUAAAGAUUGACUAAGGAUUGCUUCAAGCUGCAAUGGUUUCUUGCAUUUGAGGGAUGUUUCUUGAUGAAUUUUUUAUCUAUAUAAUGCUCAGAAUUCCAUAUAUGUUUUGAGGUGCUUAUACUGAUGACCAAGUGCAGUGAAGGCCUUACUCUAUCGGGAAUCCCAACGACCCACAGCAUUUAGGUGGUUAAAUGUUUCUCUUUUUUUUAUUAUUAUUUUUAUCAUGAUGUCCUCCAAGACUUUUUCUUUUUAUCAAGAAUCUCAAUGAUCUACUUUUCUUUUCCUUUUAUUUUAAUUUUUUGCUCAUGUUAUCGAGACCUUUAACGGGGUUUACCUGGCAUUACAAAUAUAGCAAUUUCGUCUGUGAUGUCUAUUAAUUUGGUUUUAUU